AUGAUGUACCGUUUCGAUGUUUUACUCUUACAAAUUUGUUCGCUAUUUGUCGACACAGUUUCGCAAAUAAUGAUGACACGACAUGCGCUACGAACAAUUCAAGACAAUGUCAAAAUUCCUUCUCUACAUCCGCCGAUAUUGAAGGCUUCAUCACAUGAAGGUUAUAUUAUGGAAUCAGCAGAAAUGGGUACCACAGUUAGAAUUUCUCCUUCUCCAUUUUCAGAUUCACUUCAAAUCACUAUUUACGACAAUGAUCUGAAGCCUGGCAUGCCUCCAGCCGUUUAUGAAUACAUACUAACGGGACCAGGCUCAUCCAUAUUUGCUGUUGAUCAAAGAGGCUAUGUCUAUUUAAAUGUGCCAUAUGUAAGUGCUGACCCUCCAAAUCCAUCAACGUACCAGCUUCAUAUAGAAGCUCGAGAAGUAAAUACGACGCCAAUUCGUAGUAGCGAACCAAUAUCAGUAAUAAUACACGUUAUGGAUAUCAAUAAUAAUCCUCCACGCUUCAGUUCCUCUGUUUAUGUAGCGAAUGUUAGUGCCAGUGGUACUGAUCGUCCUGUCAUACAGAUUCAUGCAACAGAUAAUGAUGUCGGUAAGAAUGCGCAAAUAAGUUAUCAUUUGGUAUCAGUAAGUGGUGGAGCACACAACAAUUUUUGGUACGAUAGUAACGCACAUCAAUUAAAUGUUGUUGGAAAUUUAAAAGCUGGUGAACGAUAUGAAGUUGUGCUGAAAGCAUUCGAUGAUGGCGGCCUUUCAAGUCAAGCACUUAUAAUUGUUUAUGCUGUACCUGACAAUUUUCAAGAAGUAACAGUGCUUGAUCAAAAAAAGGCGUCAAGCGAACGAAAUCAGAUAAUCGGUUUGACUAUAUCUUGUCAUCGUCAUCGGUGUAAAGCGCUAGUCAUCGAUCAAUGGUAUACGAAACAACUUGAAAGACUUUCACGAAGGUGGCAAGUCGAAAGUGUCGAUUCAUUUGAAGCCAUCCAAACUUACGUUACUGAAAUAAGCGAAGCAACUCCACCGUAUUCCAUUAUUAUUACACUUGGAGAUGAUUCAACAAAGGGACAGAUGUAUCAUACGAUUACGGAUGGAAACGAGGAUAACAAAUUUGCGAUUAGCAGCGAGAUUGGAACUUUAAUUACGAUAAACUCGUUUGAUAGAGAAGAAGCGUCACUUUACAGUUUGCAAAUCGAAACACGCUCUUUAAAUUCAGAUCAACAUUUGUACUGGACAAUUGUCCAGGUUGCUAUAGCGGAUAUCAAUGAUAAUGCUCCAAUAUUCAUUGAUCCGCAGCCAAUCAGAUUGCGUGUUGAAAUCAGUGAUGUACUCAAUCUUGCGCCAAAUACGUAUGUGGGACAAGUAAACGUAAAAGAUCCGGAUGAUGGCAAUAACGGACGUGUGGCACUAAAAAUUGCACCUCCCAUGGAUAAAUUGUUUUCAAUAAAUGAUAGCGGUGUUAUAACGGUAAAUGGUGAUCUGUUGAGUGGACAUUUUGGUGAACAUCGAAUGACUGUUAUUGCCACUGAUUACGGUGACCCACCUCUUGAAACUCGAAUCAAUAUAAUCACUAAUAUUGAAAAUGCUCUACAAAGUGCAUCAACGAAUUCUACUCAGCUAUCAACAGAAUCGAGUAGUCUAAAGCGUAUAAAUUUAACGCCGAAUAGUAUCAAUUCCCCCCAAAACAUGCAGUUCACAUCCGAUUCUGCAAUACCAGCAACCGUGCAAACGGCAACAGAAAGUCCAACUCUGCGAUUUGCGCCCGUGUUCGAUCCGUCUGAGAUUACGGUUACUGUCAAAGAAAAUCAAGCAAACAUUGAAUUGGUUAAGCUUCAUGCUUAUUAUAUGGAUAAUAAACCUGGAAGCAUCACAUAUGUUAUGCUUUCAGGAGAUCCAUCGCUUUUCAAUGUGAACAGUUUUACCGGCUCUCUCCAUUUGCUCCGUCCGCUAGAUAUGGAGGAAGAAACGUCAUAUGAAAUUCGAGUUGGUACUGCUGAGGCGGUCGUCUUGUUUACGGAGCCAAAUUCUCCGCACACAGUUCUGGUUACUGUAAAUGUUGUAGAUAUCAAUGAUUGGAUACCAAAUUUUGAACUUCAUAGCUAUAAAUUUAAAGUGAAUGCAGAUGCCAAACUCGGCACAACUAUUGGUCAAAUUGCGCCGAAUAAUGAAAUUUUUUAUCGGAUCAAAGAAAGCAACACUAAUGAAUCAUACAUUAAUGUAGAUCCCAAAAGCGGUUUACUAACUGUCAAAAAAGAUCUUCAUUUACUCGCAAAUAAAAAAAUUUCGUUAAAUAUAGAAGCAGAAGAUGGCGGUACACCAAAACAGUCUAGCAAAACGUUUGCUUUAAUUGAUGUUGAACCUGAAGAAAUUGUCAUUUUGACGGGAAGGCCAUCAACGUUUGAUUCUUCUAGCAGCAAUAAGCUGCAAUUCUCACAACGAAAUUACUCCUCUUCUCUAUUGGAAUCAGUCCAGCCGUCACAUUUAUUGCUUGUUUUACCAGUGCUUAACAAACCAACAAAUGAGCGUUUCACAACUUGUUCAAUCAUUUCCGGUAAUUACGGAGGAGUCUUUAGCAUUUCAACCGAUUCCGAAGGUAAUUGCGAGCUUCAAACCCAAGCGCUACUGGACCGAGAAACAGUAGACUAUUAUCAAUUAAAUGUAAGCGUAAAAACAGAACAGCGAGUGGACUAUGCCAUUGUGCAUGUAACUGUUUUCGAUACAAAUGACAAUGCUCCAGAAUUCAUUCCCAAUAAUGAUGAAUAUAAUGGAUAUUUUGCGGCAUUGUCCACUGAUGCCUCUUCAUUUGCCUUUAUUAUCACCGUGCAGGCUAAGGAUGCUGAUCUAGGAAACAACAGUGCUGUUAUGUAUUCAUUGGAUCCGUUUUCAAUGGAUUCGAAAUAUUUCAUGAUUGAUCCGAUCGGUGGAAAAAUUCAAACAAAAAUAAGUGCAACACAAAUGAUGGAAAACAGUCAGAAAAAUUAUUUUAUUUUUCGAGUUAUCGCUUGUGACUCUCCUCUUGCUGGAAAGAAAUUAUGUUCCAAAGCGGAAAUAUUCGUGAAUAUAAUCAGUGACUCAAAUCGAUUCAUUCUGUCAGUCCUUAAUACUGAACCACGCUAUCUCAAAACUGUUGAAAGGGAGAUUGCAAAAGUAUUGAGUGAAUUCACUGAUCCAUGUAAGCUGCUUCUUUUGGAAAGUGUAGAAGAAAACCAAAAUAAUAUAAAGAAGCAGAGACAGGUCAAUAUGCGCUGGUAUGCUGUGAAUCCAAUAACAAAAACAAGCUGCAAAGUUGAUGAGUACAGCAAACUUUUCGAUAAUACAACGAUAAGGACAAUUGCUAAAAAAUUGAAACCACAAAUUGUUAUUGGUGAAAUUCGCAACCAGUUAAAAAGUGUGCUUAGCGAAAAUGCGAUGCUUUUUACAAAUUUCAAAACUACUUCUGUUGCAAUGAUUGUACUAGCAGUGACCAUAACAGUUGGAGCAUUGAUUGGAAUAUGUGCUAUAUGUUUGUGCUACACACGACAUCGAAUAGAGCAACAUUCCAAACAUGAAUAUCCAAAUAUUAAUCAAAUUCCAAAAUUUGGUACCAUAUUUUUGCCAAAUGGACCAGUUGGAAGCUCUCAUGAUAUGCUUUAUGAAACCCAGAUGCUUGAAAUGCCAAUUGGAGAGGAAGAGAGUAUGGUGAAAACAAUAGGAAAUGGAGGUGGAAUAACCAUUGAUACACACGGGAUAUUAUGUUCCAGUAGAUACGAUUUAGAUGUUGAACAGAGUUAUCACCAGAAUUUUGUUCAGAAUGCAUUAACUGAUAAAAGAAAAUUUUCUAUUGAAGAAAACAUAUUUACAAUCAAUAAACGAAACGACCUACAUUCGCAAAAGAGCAAAAGGAUGCAGGAAAUGGUGAUACCCAAUCCAGAUUAUCCCAUGGGUCAAAAGAAAAGUGUUUUUUAGAUAUUGCACACGCAGCAGGAAGACUCUUAA